UCCAAUGCCUAACAAAACAUAACCGCUAACCAGUCUUUCCUCCUCGUCUCUCAUGCGUCACUUAGGAGAACAACAAUGGCGUUUCUUCACACUGAUCCCGAAACGAUCUCCAAUACGCAUCCUUGGCUACUUCUCCUCCCACUCCAAACCCGAUCCAGUCUCCAAAGAACAACAACAGCUCCUCGUCGACGCCAUCUCUGAAUCGCUACAAAACCGCGAUAACUGGGACACUCUCUCCACCAAAUUCUCCUCCGCCAAUCUCUCCGACUCUCUCGUCGAUCAAAUCCUCCUCCGCUUCAAACAACCCGAAACCGCCAAACGCGCCCUAACCUUCUUCCACUGGUCCUCCCACGCUCGAAACCUCCGCCACGGAGUCUCCUCUUACGCCGUCGCCAUUCACAUCCUCGUCAAAGCUCGAUUACUCAUCGACGCUCGAGCUCUAAUCGAAUCUUCUCUCUUAAACUCAUCUCCCGAUUCCGAUCUGCUCGAUUCCUUGCUAGACACUUACGAGGUCUCUUGCUCUACUCCUCUCGCGUUCGAUCUGCUCGUUCAGGGCUACGCUAAGCUUAGAUUGCUGGAAUCUGGAUUCGACGUUUUCAAGAACCUAACCGAUCGUGGAUUCUCGCUAAGUGUAAUCACUCUCAACACUUUGAUCCAUGUUGCUGCGAAAUCGAAUCGGAGCGAUCUCGUUUGGAGAAUCUACGAGGUGGCGAUCGAUAAGAGACUUUACCCGAACGAGACGACGGUUCAGAUCAUGAUCAGUGCGUUGUGCAAAGAAGGGAAGUUAAAAGAGAUUGUAGGUUUGUUGGAUAAGAUUCAUGGUAAGAGAUGUUCUCCUCCAGUGAUUGUUAACACGAGCUUGGCUCUCAAGGUUUUAGAAGAGAAUCGUAUCCAUGAAGGUAUGAGUUUGUUGAAGAGAUUGCUGCAGAAGAAUAUGGUUUUAGAUACGAUUGGUUACUCUCUCGCUGUGUACGCGAGAACGAAGCAAGGCGAUUUGGUGUCCGCACGGCAAGUGUUCGAUGAAAUGCUUCAAAGAGGUUUCGACUCCAAUGCUUUCGUUUACACGGCUUUCGUCAAAGUGUAUUCCGAGAUGGGUGAUAUUGACGAAGCAGAGAAGUUGAUCGCUGAGAUGGAGAGCUCUGGAAUCGAUCCGUAUGAAGAAACUUUUAACUCUCUCAUCGUUGGUUGUGCAAAAUUCGGAAGAGAAGGAGAAAGCUUGAAGUAUUGCGAGAUGAUGGUCGCGAGAGGACUUCUUCCUAGUUGUUGGGCGUUCAAUGAGAUGGUUGAGAGGCUAAGCAAGAUUGAGAGCGUGAAACUUGCAAACGAAAUCCUGACAAAGUCGAUUGAGAAAGGGUUUGUGCCUGAUGAACAUACAUACUCUCAUCUGAUUCAAGGGUUUGUUAAAGGAAACGAUAUCGAACAAGCUCUCAAAAUGUUCUACGAGAUGGAGUACCGAAACAUCUCACCGGGUUUCGAGGUGUUUAGGUCACUGAUAGUGGGGCUUUGCUCUUGUGGAAAAGUGGAAGGCGGCGAGAAGUACUUCAGAAUUAUGAAGAGGAGGCUGAUACAGCCUGAUGCAGAGAUAUAUGAGGCGUUGAUUAAGGCAUUCCAAAAAACAGACAAUAAAACGAAUGCGGAUAGGGUUUAUGAUGAAAUGAUAUCAAUAAGAUGAUUCAAACUCGGUGGCUAAGCUUGUUUGUAGCUUCAUUUGGAAUUAUCACUGAUUUUUUGCAAGUUUAAUCAUGCGUUUAAUCAUGCGCCAGUUAUCCAACUAUCGUGUAAUAAGUUUUGAUUGUUACACGCAUAGAUAAAUCUAUUACACAUUUUGUCUGUAAAAUUUAUAAUU